CUCGGCCCGUGGGCAUAGUGCAGAUCGGAGCUAACACUGAACAUGAGUUCCAGGGCCUCCCCGCAGCUGCUGACGCUCCAGCGACACCUGGGAUCCCCGCAAAACAGUGACAUGGAGUCUGGAAGCAGCCCACUUACCACACAUGUGCUAGACACCACUUCUGGGCUCCCAGCUGGGGGCCUCUACCUCCGUUUGUCCCAGCUGAAGGACCUUGGCCAGCAGUGGAUAGAGCUGAGGAAAAGCCACACAGAUAUGGAUGGCCGCUGCCCUGGGCUUCUGAAACCAGGCCAGCUCAAGCCAGGCACCUACAAGCUGUCCUUUGACACUGAGGGCUACUGGAAGAAGAGGGGGCAGGAGAGCUUCUACCCAUAUGUAGAGGUUGUUUUCACGGUUACAAAUGAGACCCAGAAGUUCCACGUGCCCCUGCUGCUGAGCCCAUGGUCAUACACCACCUACCGAGGGAGCUAG